CGGAGUGAGCGGACGUCUCAGCGCGAGAAUCGAGUGGAGGCAAGCGGAUAACUGAGAACCGAGAGACGAGAAUCCAGAGUCAAGAAUCGAGAAGCGAAGAAAGGAGCUUCGCCGCAGAAGAACCGAAGAAUCGAUCGCGUCGCGGGUUUGUUGAUUUUGUGCGCGUGCGAUUUGUGAGAGAUGCGCCGCAUCUGAGUGCGUUAAGGGUUAAGGGUUAAGGGUCGCGAAGGAUUAAGGGUGCACUCCAACCAAUGGCUGGAAGACGCCACCUGCUGGUGAUCCUGCUGCUGAUCCUGCAGCUGAUCGCCACCACGCCGGCGUCGCGCAGCCUCAGCGUAAAUGGGAACAACAUUUGGCGGCGAGUGCGCCUGGUGACAAACCAGGAGUCCGAGCGCAACGCCUACCAGGUGCUCAAGCCGAGCAGCAGGAAUGCCAGCAGCACCACCACCACCACUAGUACCAGUACCACUACCAGUACGAGUACCACAACCACGAGUACAACUCCUGCAACUCCUCCAUCACAGCGUUCAGCCAAACAAUUGGAUCUCAACUUCCCGGGCGGCAAUGUGUCGAGUGCUGCCCGGCUGGAAAUGUCCACGGAAUUCUUUGUGGUGCCCACGCUCUCCUCCAGCAGACCCACCAGCAGCAGCAGCUCCACCACACCGGCCACGCCUACACGAAGUCUGGGGGCCAGGGCGAGAUCAGCUGGGACCAGCUCCUCAGGCAGACUACCUCCGGGGGGCAGCAGCAGCGGCACCUUCAAUAGCACACCGCCCAGCGUAGUGUCCACGCAUCUGCCCUUCGCCGGGCUGCGCAAGGAGCCGUGGGUGGUGCCCGUGCUCGUCCUGGCCACCCUCACGAUGCUGAUGAUGGGCGCCUUCGAGAUCUUCGUCCUCUUCAAGGCCUGGCGCACCUCGCCGUCGCGACGACACCUCUUCCUUGGCCAGAUGCUGCUUCUGGGACUCUUUGCCUGCGCCAGUCUGGGAGCUAUCAUCACGGCCCAGCCUACACUGCUCAGCUGUGGAGCGAUUCGCUUUGGCGUGGGUGUGGCCUACGCCCUGGUCUUCGCCGCUCUCCUGGUCAAGUGCGUCUUCCUGAUCAGCCUGAACGGGGGAGUCUACCUGCCGGCUCCGUACCAAGGACUUCUUCUGCUCUUCGCCCUGCUCAUCCAGGUGGCCAUCGGUGGCCAGUGGCUGCUAACCCAACCGCCUGAGGUGUACACCACCAGUGUGCCCGUAAUGGGCAGCGGAUUUCUCAGUACCACGGUGGCCUCGCAGACAAAUUACUCGGCAUUGUUCUACCCCACAUCCUACACAACGCUGGACGGCACUCCGGAGAUAUACACCCGGAUAGCGGCGGUCAGCACAGUGCUGAUCCCGCUGUGCAAGACCCAGUUCUCGGAGCUGCUUUUCUCGCUGAUCUACAUCGUCUUCCUGAUCGUCUUCAUCGCCGUGCUGGCCAUCAAGUCGCGCGGCAUACGGGACAACUACCGGGAGGCCACCUACAUUGGCCUGGCCAUCGGCGGUGCCAUUCCCAUCUGGCUGGGCUGGAUGCUGUGCGGCCUGGCGGUGGCCGAGCGGCACAAGGACGCCUGCAUCGCCUUCGGACUGGUGGCCACCUCGGCCACCGUCUUCCUGGUGAUGUUCAUGCCCAAGGGCAGGCAGCUGGCGGCCAUGGGCAAGGAGGGCCUGUACGUGGAGGACCGCGAGGAGCAAUUCAGCUCGCUGAGCCGCGCCGGAUCCGGCUACUCGCCGUCUUUCUUCCACUUCAAGCCCAUCAAAUACGGCGUGAUGAGCGGCUGCGGGCUGCCCAACUCGGCCUCGAACACGGGCCAAGGACUCAGCUCCAAACACUGCUCCAGUGCCAACAACGGAGGUGAUCGGGUUGCUCUGGUCACCGCCGCACCGCCGAGCUAUACGCGUAUGUAUCACUACUUUCCAGCACACCUGAGUCCGCACCCGUUCUGCUAUUAUCCACCCGCACCACCGCCCCCACUGCCACCGCUGCCGCCGCAGCCACCGCCACAGCAGCAGGCGCACGCCGCACCGCCCACGCUCACGCCGCUGACCCUCAAGCAGCUGGGCAACUCGCUAACCUCCAUGACACAAGCGGCGCAAUUGGCCAAAACGUUGCGCUAUGCGCCAGGCAUGUUUAUACGACCCGACGAAACGAAUCUCUACACGACGCUGGAGCCCACGUUGAGCAGCAACCCGAAUGUGUACUUCCAGCGCAGCGGGGCCGUUCAUCCCGGCAUCCUGUACUAAGCUGGACAGAAGGAUGUCCUUUAGCAGGACAUCGCUAUGAAAGUACCGAGCAUCGAGAACACUGGAACUGAGUAUUUUUUCACCUAACAUUAAGUUACGGCUCCCAAGGAGCAGCAAUAAGCGAAUUGAUAUAUUCCCCGAUCA